GACGAGGUUCCGUCUCUAACUCUUCAGCGACAGCCGGACGGGCAGGUUAACGUUUACGCUCUCAGACGGCAGGUUUUGUGCACUGUAAUCAUGGGUUCCGAGAGGUACAGUUUUUCUUUGACAACGUUCAGCCCGUCUGGAAAAUUAGUGCAAAUAGAAUAUGCUUUAGCAGCGGUCGCUUCAGGUGCACCUUCUAUUGGAAUUAAAGCAUCCAAUGGAGUGGUUUUGGCUACAGAAAACAAGUACAAAUCAAUUCUUUAUGAAGAGCACACAGUUAAAAAAAUUGAAUUGAUUACUGACCACAUUGGAAUGGUAUAUAGCGGCAUGGGGCCAGAUUAUCGCCUUCUUGUCAAAAGGGCUAGGAAAAUGGCCCAGCAGUAUAAACUGGUGUACGGGGAGAGAAUACCCACUCCACAACUUGUUCAACGAGUGGCAAUGGUCAUGCAAGAAUAUACUCAGUCUGGCGGUGUACGACCUUUUGGGGUGUCUUUGCUCAUUUGCGGCUGGGAUGAUGGAAAACCCACAUUGUUCCAAUGUGAUCCAAGCGGCGCGUACUUCGCUUGGAAGGCUACCGCAAUGGGAAAGAAUUUCAUUAAUGGCAAAGUCUUUCUAGAAAAGAGGUACAGCGAGACAUUAGAAUUAGAUGAUGCAGUUCAUACGGCAAUCCUCACGUUGAAAGAGGGUUUUGAAGGGCAGAUGACUGCUGACAAUAUAGAAGUUGGAGUGUGCGAUGCUUCAGGAUUCAAAGUUCUUGAUCCCAACACUGUCAAAGAUUAUCUUGCAAAUAUACCAUAAAUUGAUUAUAAAGACAAAAAACACGUUGAAACAUUUAAUUGAUCAUUUUGUGCUUUCUAAUAAAUUUU